AUGGGCACGGCAUCGAGUCGUGUGACGGAUCUUUUUCGUCGAGAACAGCCACAAAGAAGGGAAACCGAUCCAGAUGCAUUGCUAUGUUACAGUAGUACAAUUGGAUCCUUCUUUGGCUCUCAUUUUCUGAUGGGCGGUGAGCGCUACGAGUUGGCCAAGCCGGAAGCCUAUCUUUUUGGGGAAAAUUCGGAUUUAGAUUUGCUUGGAAAUAGAGCCACAACUUUCCCUUAUGCUCGUCAACCAGUCACCGAUCACGUCCGCCCAUUGAACCUCUUCGUGAACAUUCGAAAAGAAACUGUGAAAUUCGUUCGUUUGAAAAACGAUGAUGGAAUUUUCACGGAAAAGUAUCGACUCGAGUUUACAUUUGAUGCUGAUUGCGCUUGCUGUAUCCAGCUGCAUUUCGACGCACGAGAGGUUUAUCGCAAGGAUUCCAAAGAUUUUCAUUUCAUCUACAAAACUCAAAAACCCGUGACGAGUGAGCAAUUCCAUUUCGAAGCCGGCGCCGGUCAUAUCUUCAAUAAUUUCAUCUUUCAUGCCGACGAUUUCGAUUUAAAUGACAUGCAUUACGAGGGCGGUCAACUAUUCCCCGUUGUGAUCGCGUUGUCGACCAGUGGAGUGGAAAGCGAACAAAUGCAAUGUACAAUGUGCACUGUGGAGUUGGCUAACGAUCACUCUGGUGGCUUCUCACUGAAACCAUUGCGACAACGAGUGGCCAGCGACGGAGUUGUUUAUCUGUUACAGGAAAUUUUUGGCCUUGAGAACAAGGAACACAGUGAAAAUAAUGAGGAUACAGGAUUUGAGUGUAUCAUUUGUAUGACAGAGGUUCGAGACACCCUGAUCCUCCCGUGUCGUCAUCUCUGCAUUUGUGCCGGUUGUGCGGAGAAUUUAAGGUUUAAGUUAAACAAUUGCCCAAUUUGUCGUUCUCCUUUCCGAGCACUCUUGACGGUGAAAGCGUUGCGCCAAGCCGGACAACGAACCGAUUCACAUAACAGGACACAACCAAGAUAUGAAACGCUGACAAUCGUUGAAGCACUAAAUGGACCUCUCAAUCAUCAACCGAUUCUCGGCGAUGAACCGUCACCGAAAAAUUUCCGCAUCAAUCGAGCAGCUUUGGUGAAUGCAAUCAAUGAAAUCCCUGUUGAAACCCAAGAUGGAAUUGAGUUAAAAGACGCUAAGCUUUUCGUACAUAAAAUGUCGAUUCAGGAUGACUCUGGAAGUGAGAAAGAGUUGGAUUACGCGAGUGCAGAAGAUACGUCGACGGGUGAAUCGGGUGGGAGAGCGUCGAGCUCGUUGAGUGGGAAAGAUGUCAAUAUUCAUAUCGAAAACGGCGCCUAUUCACAGGUCAUCGAGGCGGAUCCGGAUUCCGCUGGAGCUCGUUCAGGCGAUCCAUUGGUCGUUUCCGAU